AUGGCGCCCAAGUCUUUUCUUCUCGUGUCGGUUGCUAUUGCAUGCCUCUUCAGUCUUGCAACCGCUGAGCCCAUCCCCGUCAUCCCGGACCGCGUCCAGCUGCAACCUCGAGGGACAACUUGCACACCUCAGACGGGUGGCUCUCCCUCUGUGGAUGACGUCCCAGCAAUUCAGUCCGCUAUCAACGCCUGCCCUAGUGGUACCAUCGUCAUCCCCAGCGGACAGACAUAUCAUAUCAACAGCCAGCUCUCCUUUUCAGGCUGCAGCGGAUGCACUCUCCAGCUCAACGGAGAGCUCUCUGUAUCCACUGACUUCACCUACUGGGACGGCAAGGGACAGAUCAUCCACAUACAGAACAUCAAUGGUGCAACCAUCACCGGUUCUGGGACCAUCAACGGCAAUGGUCAGGCAAGCUGGGAUCACAUCAUCACAACCCCCUCCUACAAGCGUCCCUACUUGAUCCGCGUAGAUGGUUCCACAAACAUCAAAAUGAGCGGCAUCACUAUCAAGGCUGCGCCCAGUUUCCAUGUUGUCACCGGUGGCAACUCAAAAAACAUUCACUAUUCCGACUUGACACUCUACUCUGUGAGCACCUCGGCCAAUGUCGCCCAUAACACAGAUGGCUUUGACAUUGGCCCAGCCUCGUUCGUGACAGUUGAGAACACCAAAGUCACCAAUGACGAUGACUGUGUCGUUCUCAAGCCUGGCGCCAGCUAUGUAACCACUACUGGUGUAACCUGUGUUGGUUCUCACGGCCUCUCAGUUGGCAGCCUGGCUGGAAGCUCAGGCUCGAACGAUAUAGUGACAAACAGCAUCUUCAAGAACUGCACUAUGAGUGGUGGUAUGAAGGCAGCGGGUAUCAAGUACUAUCCAGGUGGCUCAACCCAUGGCACUGGGAGCGUCUCCAAUGUCACUUGGGAGGAUAUCAUCUGUGACUCAUGCACCUACGCCAUUCAGAUCUCAACCUGCUAUUCUUCCACGGCAGCUGAUUGCUCAACUAAUCCAUCGACGGGCAAGAUUAGCGACGUGGUCUUCUCCGGAUUUUCUGGCACCACUUCUGGACACUACAAGGAUGUUGUGGCUGACAUGGACUGUUCUGUAGCUGGCACAUGUGGGAUCCAGAUACAGGACUUCACUGUCAAAGCGCCUAGCGGAGCGAACAAAGUUCUCUGUGCUAAUACUCCUGCCAAUCUGGGUGUCACCUGCACUUCGGGUGCUUCGGGAUAA